AUGGGUGGAUCGCAACAAUCAGGAUUCUCCUCCUGGCCAACCUCCCCCGACCGACCAGACUCAUCAAGCUUGGGGCCUCCCCCUCUCAGACCCUGGACCCCAGGUGAUGAUCCGAUUCUGCACUUGUCAGAUGACCUCGUCCUAUUUCUUGAAGUGCGAACUUCUUUAAAUAGACUGUCCGGUCCGAUUCCUUUCCCCCUCAUUCUUCAACCCGAGCUAGGAGCCAGCUCUGAUGCGAAUAACCAGAAAAACGCCCAAGAUCCUCGUUUUGCGGGUCUGCGCAAUGACGCCCUCAAGGAGCAAAAACUGAUGGAGGAAAAAUUCGAAAAGGCUCGUGGUGCCUCUCAACGCGAACAAGCUCAGUCCCUAAGAGAGGAAGCCAAUCGUCACAAGGAGCGGCGAGAUCACCUCAACAACAAGGCAGCUGAAUGGCUCUAUAAGGAGAAUAAUAAAGAUUUGCCUUCGGAUACGAUCGACUUACAUGGCCUCUACGUAAAGGAAGCCUUAACGUAUGCGGAGAAAUUCAUCGAAAAAGCGCAGAAGAAAGGGCGUCCGGAUCGGUUGAAUUUCAUCGUCGGCAGAGGUCUUCAUUCGGUCAACUCGAAACCUCAGGUGAAGCCAGCGAUCGAGGAGUUGGUCAGGAAACACCAACUGGCCUUCGAAAUCCAUCCGCGCAACCCGGGCAUCAUCGUUGUCCAUCUCAACGUGCCUGGCCAUCAACUCGACAGGGGCGUCAACCUUCUCGACCGUAUUCUUUGCAACCCUAAUCCUAAAGACGGCUGUGUUAUCGUCUGA